CUGCGCUCACACCGGCAACAAACUCAUCGACAUGGCCUGCAAGCUGAUCGUCCUAGCCGCCUUCGUGGCUGUGGCCCGUGCUGGCCACCUGGGAGCCCCUGCGGUGGUCGCCCCCGGCGCUCCUCUGGCUGCCCGCGCCUACGCCGCCCCCGUGGCGUACGCCGCCCCCGCUCUCCGUGCUGCCCCCGUGGCCUAUGCCGCCCCUGCCCUGCGCGCCGCCCCCCUGGCCGUCGCCCCCGCCGUGAGAGCCGCUCCCGUCGCCGUCGCCGCCCCCGCCGCAGUGGCCGCUGAGUACGACCCCAACCCCCAGUACAGCUACGCCUACAAUGUGCAGGACGCUCUCACCGGUGACUCCAAGACCCAGCAGGAGAGCCGCAACGGUGACGUCGUCCAGGGCAGCUACAGCCUGGUCGAGCCCGACGGUUCCAUCCGCACCGUCGACUACACCGCCGACCCCGUCAACGGCUUCAACGCCGUCGUGCACAAGGAGGCCGGCGCCCACCCCGCCCCCGUCGUCGCCAAGGUGGCCGCCCCCGUCGCCUACGCCGCCCCCGCCAUCGCUAAGGUCGCUGCUCCCCUCGCCUAUGGAAAGGCCAUCCUGGGUUAAAAACAACGAUUUGGAACAGACAAGUAUCUAGAAAAUUCCCACCAAGUUCCCAUCCCGUUUCCCUGUCCAAAAACAUUUCUACUAUGCCUUUUUAUGUACAUAAAUUGUCCUAUUUAUUGUGUGUGAAUGAGUCUUCCAGUCUGUAAAAAGCAAAACGAAUAAAAUUCGUUACAACCACAAAA